GAACCCCACACUUCCAUGAGAGGCCUAAAUCGAUUCGCCGCUUCCCCCAGCCGUCCUAUUACCGCUGCCUUCUAUGCCCAUCCUUACUCCACAUUCUCCGGCGGCGGCGGCGGCGGUGGGGCCGGAGGUAGAGGAAGGGGCCGAGGCGCCAGCUCUCCUCCCGCGCCCUCACCUCCGGCUCGUGUUCCAGGUCAACCCGACUCUACAGUCGACGACGAAGACUCAUUCGCCUCCUUCGGCCAUGGCCGCGGUCACCCUCCGUUGCCUUCUUCAGCUGACCUCCCAUCUUUCUCCUCUAUUAUGUCUUCCCUCAAACCUUCUUCCACUACCGGCCGCGGCCGCGGGCGCAUCACACCCGAUCUCCCUCACUCUCAGACGAAGCAACCCAUCUUUUUCAGGCGAUCGGAUCCGGACUCCCCGCCUGAGAAAUUUCAAUUUGCCGAUCCUGACGAAUCUUCCCCCCUUCCUCCGAGCCUCUCGCCCAUUCUAUCCGGCUCAGGUCGUGGGAAACCUACAAGAACCGCGGAAUCUGGCCCCAGGCCAAUUGAGGAGAAUCGGCACCUGCGCAGCAGCGGGCAGCCCAUAGGACGGAGCCCGCCGUCGUCGUCAUCCCAGCCGAAGCUUGGGAGCCAGGACGCUGCGAGAAGGGCAGUAGAUAUUCUGUCACGUGGUGGGCCGAGCGGGCCUGGGGGGAGGGGAAGAGGUGGGAGAGGAAUGGUAGGAAGGGGAAGAGGCAGAGGGAGAGGUGGUAGAUUUAGUGGUGGGAGAGGCCGUCGUGAUGCUGAUCAUGAGUUUGAUCUUUAUUUGGGGGAUAAUGCUGAUGGGGAGAAGUUGGAGAAGCGGCUGGGAGAGGAGAAUAUGAAGAUUUUAGCUGAGGGUUUUGAGGAGAUGAGCUGGCGGGUUCUGCCAUCGCCAAUGGAGGAAGCUUAUUUGGAUGCACUUCACACUAAUAAUUUGAUUGAGUAUGAGCCUGAGUAUUUGAUGGCGUUUGAUACAAAUCCAGAUAUAGAUGAGAAGCCUCCUAUGCCACUUGAAGAAGUAUUAGCUACCGCUAAGCCUUUCUUGAUGGCUUAUACGGGGAUGAAGAGUCAGGAAGAAUGGGAGGAAGCUGUGAAAGACUUAAUGGAAAGGUUGCCUCAUAUGAAAGAGCUUGUUGAUAUGUACUCUGGUCCUGAUAGAGUGACUGCUAAACAACAACAAGAGGAGUUGGAAAGAGUGGCAAAUACUCUUCCAGAAAAAGUUCCUUCUUCUGUAAGGAGGUUUGCUGAUCGUACUGUCCUUUCUCUACAGAGCAACCCAGGGUGGGGAUUUGACAAGAAAUGCCAGUUCAUGGAUAAACUUGUACGAGACGUUUCCCAGCACUACAAAUAAUUGGCCUUCUUUUAAUGCCAUUCUGCACACAACUUCAGUCCAUGCAGGUCAGGCGAUCUGUUUACAUUGAUCGGUUUGUAUUUCUGAAUACUGUAGGUUAAAUUCUUGUUAAGUUCUUUUUGGAGAAUUAUGAAAAUUAGUCCAGUAUUUUAGUGCAAGAUUUGCGAUCUUACCAUAGUCUACAGAGCAGGAUAUCUAAAUUCUGUAAUUCUUAAUUUUUUUUUUUUAUUUGAAUGUAACAUAUGAACUAUGCGGCAGCUUUCAAGUUUUUGCAGUAAUGAAUGAAGAGAUUUUAGAUUUGAACAA